AUGGCCUGUGCACAGAAAAUCGUUAUGGCUGUUGACCUCGGUGUGACGCAUACUGUCGUUGCCUUCCGACAUCCAUCUGAGAAUGAUGUCAGAUUUGUGGAUUCAUGGCCUGGUUCCAGCUCGCAACAGUGGGUCUACUCUCGCCUCGUUCCCAGCCGUAUCGCCUACCCCGAAGACAACUGCAGCCCCCAAAUUACGUGGGGCUUGGGGGUUGGGCCGAACCAUGUCGCGGUAUCCUGCAUGAAGCUCCUCCUGGAGGAGACUGUCAGGAUCAAGGUCAUUGAAGCCCAGGCCAACUGGGACCAGUCCAUUGGUAUCUUUCGCCAGCCUGGAGGCAGGUCUCCCAUCCGAAUUGUCGGGGACUUCCUGAGGCUUGUUCGCGAACAUUCCGAACGCUAUAUUGAUUCUUACUGCAACCAUAUGCUUCUACAAAAGCUACCCAUUCAACUGGUUUUUACGGUACCGGCUACCUGGUCGAAGAAUGCCGUGGUGUCACUUAGGGAGGCCUUCCUGUUGGCAGGUUUCCAACAGGGGGGUGGGAACGAUUUUCUCGUUUUGACCGAGCCAGAAGCGGUGCUGACGACGAUCUUGGCUGACCCCAAUAACAGAGUGAAAAAUGGCCAAGCGGUCAUGAUCUGUGAUUUAGGGGGUGAGACAUUGGAUAUCGGUACUUUUGUAGUCGAGCAGAAAAAGCCUGCGGUCUGUCGAGCGCUCACUCAACAUACAGAGCUGCUAUGCACCAAUGCCAGAAUUUGUCAGGCCUCCAAUGAGGUCUUGUCCGACGAGCUCGUAGAGGGAUUUCAAGAUUUGGAGCUAGGAACCAACGCGUCUAGCAACUGCGAGUCCGCCAGUCGUCGGUUCACCAACUCUAGCAAGGGUGCGGAGGUCAAGGCCCAACUUCCCGCCAAUAGCCCAGACAUGCUCGGGCUCCAAUAUCACCUCACCAUCGAUGCACUACCUAUUUUGGGCCAACAGAUAGCUAUUGCAGGCUGGAGGUCCCAUUCUCGCACUAUUGAGCACAUCUUUAUAACUGGCAAGUCUACACACUCGGAAUAUAUUGCUGACCGUAUCGAAAGAGGUCUUGAACGCCUUUACAAACCAAUCCAUCGACUCAAAUUCCCGGAGAGUACGAUAGCUACUGGAGCCGCCCUUUGGGCAUCUGAUUACAUCCGUUUGGUGAAGGAUUCUUAUUAUCACUACGGAAUCGCGAAUCGGGUCUCCAAUAUUGAAUAUAUGGAUUUCUCGGAGGGCCUUGGUAAUGGACCCGAGGUGCUUUGGUUUCUUGGAAAGGGAGACAAGUUUUCAGUCCAUGCGACAUCGAACUUUUGCCUUCCCUACAAGAUAGCAACCGAGGAUGAAGACAGUGAGCUAUUCAUAUACGACUCUGAGAAGGAUCUUGCACCUGCAACAGCCUAUGAAAAUGGUCGGUAG